AACGUUGCGCACGAGCAGAACACCACCGCCCAACUUUCAUGCCCGACUAUCAAGGACCGGUAAAAAGAAUGCUCGCCAUCAUCGUAUUACUGCAAUUUGUUCUCUGGUGCAAUGCAGAAGAAACUGACCUAUUUGUCUAUCCGAGUAUAUUGGAAGAACGCUCGGCUGAGGGAAAAUUAGUGCUUCGCCUGAAUGACAAAAUAACAUUGAACCUUGAAAAGAGCUCUGUGCUGGCCGACAAACUUCUCUUUGUCACAAGCAGCGAAAAAAUGAAUCAACUGGAAGCUGUAGACACAAGUGCCAUUCAAAAGACGAUAUACCACGACACACACUACCAGUCCUCCGUUAUGGUGCGCGAAAGAGAAGGAACAACGCAAGUCGAAGGCAUUGUGAGCCACAAUCUCCGAAUCAAGCCCAUACCUACAGGAGAGCGUUCUUCGCAAGGGCAAAUGUUGCACAAAAUCUACGAAGUCAAAGAGACUGACGAAAGGUUCGCUAAUUUGGAGCCGAGACUCCAGAGCUCAUACAGGGGUGACGACGAUUACCGUGGUUCUCGACGUGGAAGGAGGAACGGUGGCGGCGGCGAUGAGGAUGUUUUUAUUGUGGAACUUCACGUGGUGUCCGACCGCGCGCAUCAACGAGACUUUGACACCAACGAGGAUUUAAUUGGUUACAUAGCAGUCAUGACUAAUGCGGUGAAUUUGAGAUAUCUCGAUAUGGCGGAACCGAAAGUACGUUUCCAGCUCGUCGGACUGACAAGAAGGACUGACCCUCCUUUCGCCAAAAACGUUCAAGGUACUAUAGACACAGGUGUCACGUUGGACGGUAUACUGAAAUAUCAUGAAGAUGAUAAGAUACCAGGGGAACCUGACUUGGUGUUUCUUGUGACCGGCCUGGAUCUGAUAAAGGUGGACAAUGGAAGAGUGGAGAAAGGCAUAGCGGGACGCGCAUUCAUUGGUGCGGUAUGCAGCAAGCACGGGGUCGGUGUCGGUGAAGACAAAGCAACCGCUUACAGUGGAGUCAAUACCAUGGCACACGAGUUGGGACAUCUAAUGGGAUCAGAUCAUGACACUACCCCGAGGUGCCCAUGGAAUGAGGGUUAUCUCAUGAGUUAUGUGGACGGAGGACUAAAGAAAUACAGACUUUCUCCAUGCACCGAAGACAGCAUCCGCAAAGUCUACGGGAGGCUAACGAAAGCGUGCAAAAGCUUGCUCACGAGCACAAACUUGAUGGAAAACCACAAGGAAUACCCAGGACAGACAGUGCGAGAGAAGUACUAUUGCAGGAAGGUGGUCGGUGACAAAGGCAAGGGACUGAAGGUCUUCCCAAUGAAGCCUGCGGACCAAGCCAAGAAGUGCAAAAUGCAGUGCUGCUAUUGGAAAGGCAAUAUGAGAACUUGCUGGGGUGCUGCUAUACUAGAACACAUGGCUUGUACGAAGGGAAAGACGUGCAAGAGAGGAGCAUGUGGAGUGCAUGAAUGGUGAUAAUUGGGACACCAUUGCCACUUCAGUUCCUGUUAUAUAUCUUGAAUAUAGCUACCUAAACUUUGAUUCUAUAAACAAUAAAGUACGAAAACUCCA